AUGGUUGGUGGCAGUGGUGGUGAAGGGACGUUGCUCACAUACCACGAGUUCCGGCCUGUUGAAGUCCUGCCGCCCGUCCUUGGGGCGCCCACCCACCGUCCCGCCCGUCCUUGGGGCGCCCACCCACCGUCCCGCCCGUCCUUGGGGCGCCCACCCACCGUCCCGCCCGUCCUUGGGGCGCCCACCCACCGUCCCGCCCGUCCUUCAGGCGCCCACCCACCGCCCCGCCCGUCCUUGGGGCGCCCACCCACCGUCCCGCCCGUCCUUGGGGCGCCCACCCACCGUCCCGCCCGUCCUUGGGGCGCCCACCCACCGUCCCGCCCGUCCUUGGGGCGCCCACCCACCGUCCCGCCCGACCUUGGGGCGCCCACCCACCGUCCCGCCCGUCCUUCGGGCGCCCACCCACCGUCCCGCCCGUCCUUGGGGCGCUCACCCACCGCCCCGCCCGUCCUUCAGGCGCCCACCCACUGUCCCGCCCGCCCGCCCGCCCACAGAACUGCCACGUCAACUGUGUUAUCAAGGCGGGGAGCCGUUGAGUAA